AUGGUGCCCUCGUCUUUCCCUGUGACCCGCCCCAGUCGCACCGUCGACCCCGAAGCUUCCCUCGUCCUCGUCGGCAUCCGCGGCUGUGGCAAGCGCUCUAUGGGCUUUGUGGCAGCAACCGCCUUGAAACGCCGCUUCAUCACCGAAGAACACUAUUUCAAAGAGGUUACCGGUAUCUCACGACACGAAUAUCUCCAGCAGUAUGGCAGCCAUGAGUUCCAACACCGCGACAUCGAAGUCCUUAAGCUCAUGCUGGAGAACCAUCGCACACGCUGCGUGAUUGAAUGUGGACUUGGGAGUCUCACGCGCCCGGUUCAAGAAUUUCUCCGCCAGUACUCCGCCACGAACCCGGUCGUGUAUCUCCUGCGCGACAUCGAGCGCAUUCAGAGCUUACUAGGAUUUGAGGACCAAGCAGUCAAGCGCCUCUGCGAGGGAGAUCCGUUGCAUCGGACCUGCUCCAACUUCGAGUUCUACAACAUUGAGGAACGGUCGAGUGUGGUGAACCAGACCGACGAGGAUGCGCCCGAUCGCCGGUCGGUCGACUACUCUUUCAAGCUCAAAGCGGCCAAGGAGGACUUUACGCGCUUCGUGUGUCUGGUGACGGGGACGGAGGUGGAUGACUCGGCCUAUGACUCGCCGUUUGUCCUACUCGAGACACCACCGGAGCAGCGAUCCUUUACCCACGCUAUCUUCGUGCGCUCCUCGGACCUAAUCGAAGGCGCUGUGAACCUCCCCGAGCUGGAAUCGGGUGGCGAUGCCAUCGAACUGCGCGUAGACCGGUGGGGCCCCGGCAUGGCAAGCACCGUGAGCAAGCAGGUUUCUGUGCUGCGGAGAAAUGCGCGUCUUCCCAUCAUCUUCUCGAUCGACAGCACGGCGUCGGGGCUCGGCAGGGACCGCUCCCCGGCGGAGGUGCGCGAGGUAUACUUUGAAGUAGCGGAGCACGGCUUGCGACUAGCCGUCGAGUACCUCGCGAUAGACCUGCUCCAAGAUCCAGAUCAUCUACAAUGGGUUGUGGGCAACCGCGGAAUGACCAAGAUCAUCGGACACCAUACCUAUGAGCCGGAGGAGAGGGUAGCCUGGGAUGAUGACCAGUGCGUCUCCCUCUACCUCGAAGCCGAGAAACUAGGCUGCCAGAUCGUGCGCAUCCUGCGCGUAGCCACCGAGCGCGAAGACAACGCGGCACUGGCCAAGUUCACCAACAAGAUCCAUCUCGGCCGCACGUCGCAGGUCUUCAACUCGAUUCUCACGUCGGUCACGCACCCGGCCAUCGACCGCGCCAACGACACCGGCCGCAACCCGGAAAUCACCUCGCGCGACGCCGUCCAGGCCCUGUUCCAGAGUUACGUGCUCGACCCCCUCCAGUUCUACAUCCUCGGCGCCAGCGUCGCCUACAGUCUCUCCCCCGCCAUGUACAACGCGGCCUUCAAACACUGCGGCAUGGCCCACCGGUACAGUAUCCCCGCGUCGGCGACGCUCUCAGCCCUCGAUCGCUUCGGCCGCGACCCUCACUUCGGCGGUACGAGCGUCGUCCAGCCCUGGCGUGUCCAGGUGUCGCAGAAGCUCGCCUCCAAAAGCCGCCACGCCGAGGCCAUCGGCGCCGUCAACACCAUCAUGCCGCUGCGCGCCCGGCCGGACGGCACCAUGUUCCCGCUGCACGAGCAAGCCACGCGCCGCAACCAGGCCGGCCCUAUCCUCGGCUGGUAUGGCGAAAACACCGACUGGGUCGGCAUUGUCACCUGCGUGAACCGCAACCUCUCGCCGCGCAACACCAUCAGCCCGCUCAAGACGACUGCUCUCGUCAUCGGCGCCGGCGGUAUGGGUCGCGCUGCCGUCUACGCUAUGCUGCGUCUCGGCUGCCGCAAUAUCUUCAUUUUCAACCGCACACGCUCGCGAGCUGACACCGUGGCCCACCACUUCAACUCGUGGGCCGGCUCGCAGGUUGUGCAUGUCCUCCAAUCGCCUGACGAGCCGUGGCCCGCCGACGCCAAUCCGCCUUGUGUCAUUGCGUCUUGUGUCCCUGCGGACCCAGCCGGGACUGAGCCGCCUGCUAAUUUUGAAAUGCCACCCCAGUGGUUGGGUAGUACCACCGGGGGUGUUGUAUUAGAGUUCGCAUACAAACCCCUCGAAACUCCUCUGCUGAAACAAAUGCGCCGUCUGCGCACCGAAACCGGCCGUCCGUGGGUUCUCGUCGACGGCCUCGACAAUGUCUCCGAGCAGGCCAUUGCGCAGUUCGAACUGCUCACUGGGCGAAAGGCCCCUCGUCGACUGAUGACGCGCGAGGCGAGACGCUGCUUCUCUGAUGCUAGUGGGGGCGGGUCUGGUACUGAUCAGAUGCCUACCGUUCAUAACUAUACACAACCCCAGACACUAAAUAUACAUGUGAGAUGA